AUGGCGUCCGCCAACACCCCGUCUGCUCCAAUAACGAUCCAAUUCAUGAUCCACGACCCUGGUUCCUAUCAAAGCGGGCAAGACAAGAACAUCAAGAUUGCACAGGCCCGAAGGCAUGCCGCCAGAUAUGUUGGCCGACGUGCUCGCUGGGAAAGGCAGAUCAGUUGGCGCCGAGAGAUGGAGCGCGAAUCAUCUCAACGACAGGAACAGGACAUACAAGCAACCGACGACGGCGCGGAUGAUCAGCCAUCAGAAAGCUCAAAGGCCCUCGUCCAUAACGCCCUAUCUCAGAGCAAACGGGAUCCGUUUUCUCCUUAUAGUGCCUCAGAGCAUCCAGCAGUCUUUCAAGACCUCAUUGAGUAUACCUACGACAAGCUAUGGCCUGACCUCAUCGAGGUUCAAGGAAAGCCGGCCGUACACCCCGGCAGGCGACAAUGGCGCUUGGCGGCUCAAGAGUGCCCUGCCGUUCAUCACGUCCACCUCGCCAGUGUAGCGGAUUUUGGCAAAGCCAUGUACCAUGCUCACGGUUGCAGUGCCAUGUUCGAUCGGCUGAGACUCUUCCACCACACUCAGGCGCUCCGAUUGGUGAGGCAAAUCAUACAAAACAUGGACCCGGACGCUAUUCCGACCGAUUCUCUCGUGAUGGCAGUGUAUAACUUGUCAUAUCAGGGACUGGACUGGGACAAGCGAGUGUUUCCCGAAAGCCACCCUCCGCCACCGACGCUCAACGCACGGUUCCUGGUCCGGUAUGGCAGGAAAGUGCCCCAUGCUGAACACAUUCGUGCCAUGAACCUCCUCAUCCAGGCCAAGGGCGGCUUAGAAGAAAUUGAACUUGUUGGUAUUGCGGAAAUGAUAUGGCUAUGGAGCCUGAACAACUGCACAACUCUUAUACAGCACCCCAGUUUCCCACUGCUGAAAAGCUACGAGCGACUUCUGACCGAGUAUACCGAGAACGUGAAAAGAUCCCUUCGUAAUGGUACGUUUGGAAGAUUGGGAACCGGGUUUCUGGUGCUCCCUGCAAGAGAACAAAUCGGCAAGCUCCGCGAGCAUCUACUGUGCACCGCCUCCGUUACCGGGGAUCUCACACGCCUGGAGCCUGGGUACGAAACUACGCGGGCGUGGCGGCGACUUCUGGCCAUCGCACGGGCAAACCACCACCAAAUCCUGGCCUUGCCGCCGGAGAUCCCACUGUCCGAGGCUGGGAGCGAGGAGGAGCGGCUUAUCUUCGCCGUCGCACGCUUGGGCGCGCUGCUCUACGACGACAUGGUCGUGUACCCGCAGAUUGACAGCUCCGAGGUCAAGCCGCGCCUGGCUAGCAUGCUGCGCGGCGCCCUGACCGAGAAGUUCCUCAAGUUCAUCCCCGCGGGCGGCCGCGAGGAGUACCGGCCUCUGGUCCUUUGGACGCUGCUGCUCGGCUGCAUUGGCGCGACCUUCACGUCUGACCGGCGCUGGUUCGUCGACCAGCUCCAUGAGCGAUCUGCGCAGCUCGGCCUCGCAGAGUUUGCCGACUUCAAGGCAGCCAUGACUUCUUAUUUGUGGUUUGAGAAUCUGGAAGGGCCUGCGUGGAAGGCGUGGGCCGAGGGCAGAGAGGUGUUUUAUCCUCCAGACGCGGAAGAGGAGGGCUCGGAGGAGGGGAAGUCGAAGGCGAAGGAUAUGGCCAAGGACCUGGACUUUAAGGGGCCAAGUGGAUUUCUAUCGACCACCUGA